AGAAAAUCAUCAUUCCGCUGCAAACUCGCAUAGAGUUCAUUUCGUUUGUGUUUUAUCAAAGUAAAGAAAAAGUUCAAUCUUGAAAAAUGUCUGGUCGUGGAAAGGGAGGCAAAGUCAAGUCGAAGGCAAAGACACGUUCCAACCGUGCUGGGCUCCAAUUCCCAGUGGGACGUAUCCAUCGUCUCCUGCGCAAGGGAAACUACGCUGAGAGAGUCGGUGCUGGUGCUCCAGUUUACCUGGCUGCCGUCAUGGAGUACUUGGCUGCUGAAGUUCUCGAGUUGGCGGGAAAUGCUGCUCGUGACAACAAGAAGACCAGGAUCAUCCCGCGUCACCUUCAGCUGGCCAUCCGCAAUGACGAGGAAUUGAACAAAUUGCUCUCUGGCGUCACAAUUGCUCAGGGUGGUGUUCUGCCCAACAUCCAGGCAGUGCUCCUGCCCAAGAAGACUGAGAAGAAGGCCUAAAUUCUCCUCUGGACAUCGCAUCAAGUCUCAUUUCUCAUCAACACAAAAAAAAAACGCCCUUUUCAGGGCGACAAAAUCA